AUGAUAGCUUUGACCUUGAAAGCGAUCGCAACAACAAAGACAGCUCAAUAUGUGCUAUGUCGUCUAGCACGAGUUCGCCUGUGUUCAAACAUCCUUGCGUCAACGUUAACCUGGACCCAAUGCGAGAGGAUAAGAUUUUAUAUAAGAGUGAUUAGAGUGUAUUAUCGUCGAAAACCAUCUUACCUUCCUAUUUCCAUCCUAAAGGGAACUCGUUCGUCAGAUAUCUAA